UCAAGAUGUCUGCGCCCAUUGGAAUCUGUCUGGACAACUUGUCCACCGUGCGACACGUCAUCCUGAUCUUGUCUGGAAAAGGCGGCGUUGGCAAAAGUACAGUUGCAACACAGCUUACAUUAGGACUUAAAGCUAUUGGCAAAAAGGUUGGUAUUCUUGAUGUGGACUUGUGUGGCCCGAGUAUUCCAAAAAUGUUUAAUGUGGAAGGAAAUGAUGUGCACCAGUGUCCUGAAGGAUGGCUUCCAGUAUUUCCUGAUAAGGACCAGAAAGUUGGAGUGAUGUCCAUUUCUUUUCUUCUCGAUCACAAAGAUGAUGCAGUGGUUUGGAGAGGACCCAAGAAAAAUUCUAUGAUUAAGCAGUUUCUGAGCGAGGUGCACUGGCAGGACAUCGAUUACCUCAUCAUCGACACACCACCCGGCACGUCGGACGAACACAUCACAGUCAUGGAGAGUCUCAAGGGAUACAACCCAGAUGGGGCUAUCAUUGUAACAACACCACAGGCUGUUGCCAUUGGUGACGUGAGGAGAGAGCUGACAUUUUGUAAAAAGACUGGAAUUCCAAUUAUUGGCAUCAUAGAGAAUAUGAGUGGUUUCGUCUGUCCUCACUGUUCUGAGUGCACAAAUGUGUUUUCUAAAGGUGGAGGUGAAUCUUUGGCAAAACAAAAUAAUAUUAGAUUCUUAGGUUGCAUUCCUCUUGAUUCUCAAAUAGCGUCAUGUAUGGAUGCUGGACAAGACUUCAACGAAAAGUGUCCGAACUCCCCCGCCGCAGUCGCCAUCACCAGUAUUAUCAAGAGACUUAUUGAAGUCGACCGAGAUCUGCCGUAAAGUGAAUUCAGGAAUUACAAUCUCUCCAAGAUGAUUGCAAAAUGAACCCCCACAGAUUGAUGCUGCAGUGAGCUGGACAAGAUACAUUGUUGGCAGUUUGGUGAAUUGUGUUUGAAAAUGUGACCUUUUUGUUGGUGAGCAGGGUUGAAAUAAUUUAGAUUGUUGAGGUGGGGGGGGGGGGGGGGGG